AUGAAUCCGGAGAUGGUGACACACAAUGGUGGAUGCCACUGUAGAAAUGUGAGGUGGAGAGUUCAAUCUCCGGCGACUGUUGUAGCGUGGCAGUGCAACUGCUCCGAUUGUGCCAUGAGAGGAAACACUCACUUCAUUGUUCCUUCUGAAAGAUUUGAGCUUUUGGGGGACUCUGAAAAGUUUCUUACGACAUACACUUUUGGGACACACACAGCAAAACACAUGUUUUGUAAAGUGUGUGGCAUAACUUCGUUUUAUAGGCCAAGGUCAAACCCAGAUGGAAUAGCGAUAACAUACAAGUGUGUUGAUCCUGGAACCCUAAUUCAUGUGGAGAUUAAGCUUUUUGAUGGACUUAAUUGGGAGAAUUCACACAAGUCAACUGGCAUUUCUUCGUGUUCUAAGGAGUAA